AAAAAAAACUCGAUCGCUUUGGACGUGCGGACGCUCGUCGCGUAAUUGUUUUGUGGUGAAUACAAAGAAAGCAGAGGAAAACCGAGUUUUCCAGUGCCGCGACGGUGCGUAGAGUUGUGUACAGACGCCGAACAGGCCGAAUAGGCUUCCUCGAGCACCCUUGUGUAUUGAUAGUGUAUACACACUAUGGGCGCGUCUCUUUUUGUUCCUCCGUGUGUGUGUGUCUGACGUCGCUGCGUCUGUGUCUCGCCCUCGGCCAAAGUAAUUGCACAGCUUAUUUAUAUUAAGAUUCAAAACCCGAGACGCGCGGGGAAUCGAGCAGCAGCAGAGAGCUGGCAAAAUAUUGAAACAAGUGUCGUCGAAUUGUGAUUUCUCGUCGGUUGAAUUUUCGCACGCACACAGCCAGCGGUGCUCGCAAACACACUCGCACAUAAGCAAAACGAGAUUUUGCAAGUCGCGUACGCCUGUGGUGGUUGUAUGUUGGUGUUGGUGCUAGUGCUGGUGCUUGUGCAACUACAAAAUUCAAUUGUUUAUUGCUGGGCAUAACUGGUACCCUGUACCCUGUACCCUGUACCCCACCCUGCAAGUGAGCGACAAUAAGGUGUCGCAGUGGCGCCUCCUCUCUUCCACCUGCCCCAGCGUCGGUGACUGUGAGCGAUAAUAAUAGGAAUUUCUACUCGCCGCUGUUGUGAGUUCCAACGCGAAAAGCCACAAGUGAAAGUGGCAUACCCUACUUAUCUGCGCUAAUUGGCAUCGGCAUCGAGUCUUCGAUACCCAGUGGAUUACAUCGCCGACUGACUAGCAAGGAACUCGCGUCGACAGGCGAGCAGCGCCUGCAGCUACGACAAUAACAAAGGCCGCGGUGAUAUGAGGGCCACACGCUUCGCGACAAUGAGCGGAGGCGACAGGGCGGAUAGCUGAGAAGUCGACCUAUGACUCAGAACGAAAUAUUUCACUCGAGAGCCAAUAGCCGAGCAAUGGAACACGAAAGCAAUCCCAAGGUUGUGCCACAAAGAACUGCGUAUAUAGCCAUUUAAGUCAACUCAAUAACCGAAAGAAGCCAAAAGUUGAACCCUGCCCGCAACAAAAUCAAAAUGAACUCGGUCAUAUCUGCAUUUAAGGGAAAAAAGAGUACCGCCGCGAGCUGCAACUCGCCCACGAGCGCGGCCAAUGGAACUGUCACCGGGGAGAGCAAACAGAACCACGGCGGAGGAAUCGUCGGUGUCGGCAUCAGCAUAGCCAGCGUGGGCGGCGGCGUGGCCAAGAAGAAGCCGGUGGCCCAGAGCAGUGGCUACCAGUACUUGCGCCACAUACGCGAGAUCGAGACUGCCAACAAGCUGCUUUCCCCCAUCGUGGUUGUGGCGGAGGACAGGCCGGCCGGUACUACCCCGGUGGCGACAAUGGCUACCGGAGUCGAUGUGGUGGACCACUGCUUGCCGGCGACGGUACGAUUGUCCAGUGCCGAGACGCUCUCCGAUUUUAACAUGAACGGAAAGGCCGUCGGAGGCGUGGGCCCGUCCACAGCAAUUGGCGACAACGCGAACCUGGAGGUGGCUGACACCUGGACUUGCCCACCACCGACUGCGAUGACGGACGACGAAGACAUCUCCGAGCACUCCACAGCCGCCUGCACCAGCACCAGCAGCUCGAGCGAACACAGCAACAGCACCGUGGUGCACAGUCCAACGGUGGCGGAGAGCACCUCAGCUUCCGUGUCCGCAUCGGUCAGCCAUCCGAGUCCCAGUAUAAGUCAGCACAGCUCCUCGUCUGCCACCUGCGGGAUGAAUAGCCCUCACAGCCAGUCGUCGCUCGCCAUAACCUGCGAGCCGCACUCGAGCUCCACCACUACGCUGUCCUCGCUGGGAUCAGACUUGGGCAAUGGAAACGGAAACAACAUUCCCGCCUUCUUAAUGGCCGCCCCGGUCACCUUGCCCAUUGGAGGCCAGAUGCCCACGACCACGGCGUUGCCGGGAGCCAGCUCCGCCGCCAGUACGCCCAAGCACUCGCGCUACUCCAAGCCCCGUCUCAGCCUGAGCCGAGUGUUUAACCACUCUAUGCCCUCCGUGCACGGCCGGCCCAAUCUUAGUGUCGCGCAGUCGGGCGACGGAGCCCCUUGUGCUUCCACGGGAAGUACCGCGAAUCCCCCAAAACGUAUUUCCACGCACCAAAGAAACCUGAGUUUGGAUUUCAGAUCCAUGGGCAUACUGCUGCCGCCCGUCUCGCAGGUGACCAAUACUCGCAUUAACCAUACGCAGCACCACCGGAAUCGCAGCCUCGACAGUGCCCUGCAACGCAUUCCAGAGGUCGAGGUGUCAUCUCCAAAUGCCGAGAGCGAAAAUACGUUCUGUUCCCCGUCCAUUCUCGGUGCAAAUAUGUGCUCGAAGAUUGCCACGACAGCUGCGAGUGUAACGGCCGCUCUGUCCCCCCCAGCCACGCCCACACCGGCCCUGAUGUCUGUGCCGACUACGACGGCGUGCACGCCCACGACUGCAGCCACUAGGGCGAACAUGCAACAUCCAGUGCCGAAGCACCAGCAGUCGAUUUGUCUAGCAUCCGCCUGCAGGUCCAGUGCCGUCGUGGAAUCCUGCCCAACGCUAAGGGUGCGGCCCAAGUCCAGUGAAUCGGUUGCGGCCAACGGACAGGAGAUGAUCGGGGCUAUUGUCAGCAGCACCGGCAACGGCGGUAGCAGCAGCAACAACAGCUGCAGCAGCGCUGGCAGCAGCAAGAAGCGGGAGGAUCUCACCAGUCUCGGGUCAGAUGACUCUGGCAUCAUCUGUGGCUCAGAGUCGGACCAAAUAUCUCUGAAUCGCAUAUGCCACUCACAUGAGUCGCUCGAUUCGGGUGAGAUGGAUGCGGACGCCGAAGCGGAUGCCGAUGCAGAGGAGGAGUGCGUUGAUCUAAUGGAGACCACGUCCAUCGACGAGGAGUACAACCCAAUGCAACCAGACCAUCUCUGCUUCUAUCCCCCACACGCUUCCACCGACCUGGACUGUCGCACCCUGCGUCCAUCUCGGAAACAGAAGCGCCAGCAGCAGCGGGCCCUGGACCAGGCCAAUGAGGUGUCCCACAAUCAGCACUCUAGUGGAGACACUGUGGAUGCAGGCGUCGACGCCCGAACACGGUACCGCGUUAUGAACAUGUCCCAGGCAGCUAUCAAUGUUGAGCUCGGCACAGCUCCCAAUGAAAUCGAACCUGCGGAUUGCGACGGGGAAUCCAGCCACAUCGCGGAGGCAGAUCCCUUGUCCACACCUUGCGCUGCAGCAGCGACACCAGCCACUCCACCGGCAAUCCCAACGCCGAUUGCAACUCCCACACCAACGGAGAGUACCAAGAACGAUCAAGUGCUAUUUAAAAACUUCUUUGGGGCCACUAAGAACGCCAUCUUCCGAACAGCCCAGAGCAUUAUCGAAAACCAUGAGAAGAAGAACGCAGCCAAGCAAAAGGAGCAGCCCGAUCACUCAACGGCGGUGGCCGUAGUAAGUUCGCCAAGCGGAGGUGGCACUUCGCCACAGGACCAAGUCAAGUCACCCACGGACAUUUCCAAAAAGAAGGAAUUUUUCAGCCUGCUAACUUCGAGUUCCAGCAAAAAGGCUGCCGCUGCUGCAGCUGCGGCUGCUGCAAGCUCUGCUGCCAACACACCUGUUGCCACGCCCACGGAACCACAGGCGGCAUCGGCGGAUUCAAAACUGCAACAGCCUACCGACCCAUCUGCCGACUGCAAGGUAAAGGAGCGGACGCUCAACUUGCGCCUUCCGGGUGCAGAUAGUGAAGCUGGUGAAGGAGAACUUGCCAAGUGCUCAUCCAUCAACUCGCUCCACAAACUAAAACUGCCUGUCCCCGGUGUCGUGAAGUACUUUAUCAGCGAACGAGCUCCCGUGACGGACUUGCUUCAGAAGCCAGAAAAAGGACAGAGCGGCCUUCUGCGUUUCUUUGAGUCACCAGUUUUCAACAUACAUUUCGCUGUGCAUUACCUCUUUUACUCGAAGGAACCAGGAGUGCUAAGCUUCAUCGGCAAUAAAAUCUUCAGUUUUCCCGACCAGGAGGUCGAUCUGUACAUACCGCAACUGAUAGUCAUGUACAUUCAGAUGGAUGAACUAGCCGAGGUUCUGGAUCCGUACCUGACCAUUCGGUGUCGGAAGUCAGUGGACUUUUCGCUCAAGUGUCUGUGGCUAUUGGAGGCCUACAACUACCAAGUAGACUCGCUGGGGAACUCGCACAGCAGCUCCCGGAAAUCAAAGCUGGCGCUCAUGAAGGAAAUAUUCUCUAAGAAGGAGCACAAGCUGGCCCAGAACGACCUGAAGUCUGCAGGCACCGGCGGCGUCGGGGAACCGAGGUCGAUAGUUGCCUUCGCAAAGAAGACACACCACCGCUCCCAGUCGGACGCCACUGUGCUGCUAGCCGACUCCCGCUCGCCUCACACACUCAGUAUAUCUCACCGUAUGUACCAGCAGCCCCCGUACACAACGCAAACUCUUCCCACCACACCCGCUAAACUGUGCCUCGGUGACUUAAGCUCAGGACACGCCUUCGACAACGGCUGCACCUGCUUUGAGACGGUGCGCGGCCAAGUAAACGGAUUGCUGGGGCAGAGGACGCUAUGCAGCUGUGGAGCUCCAAAGACGGCGCCCCAGAAAGAGUUUAUGAAGGCGUUGAUGAAUGUGGGUAAAAAUCUAACUUCAUGGCCUUCUAAAGCGGAGAAGACUUCAGCGCUGCGAAUGUCCCUCAACCUGAUCAACAAGAACCUGCCCGCAAGAGUCUGGCUUCCUCUCUACUCCGACAUUCCGCACCAUGUCGUUCGCAUUACGGAGGAAAAGACCGCUGUACUCAACUCGAAGGACAAAACCCCGUACAUCAUCUACGUAGAAGUGGUCGAAAUUCCUGACAUAUACACUUCGCCCUUGAUACCCAAGAUGAUGCCUUCUCUGCGGCACACGAAGAGCGAGGAGCACCUGGAGGGGUCCUGCCUGAACUCGCACCAGCAUCUCAGCUGCAGCCGUACUUCCAGCUGCAGCAGUAGUCAGCAGGGCACAAGUGGCCGACGAAAAAAAGGAGCUGAGGGCGACGGCGGCUGCGGCGACGCUGGCCCACAUAACUGUUGCGGCAACGCCCAUUCGUUGGGUGGACUUCAGCUCCAGGAGGAUGAUGUGUGGUCGCAGGAGGAGGACGAGAUUACAGCGCAGUACCUUAAUAUGCGGAAAGUAAGCGAGCGGGACACCAUUUCACAGAUGUCACUGGACUCUUGCGAUUCACGGGACCAAGGACCACCAAUCGUCUUCAAUAUUGGCGACGUGCGCUUGCGCCACUGCAGCAACUUGAGCUGCGAGAAUACUAAAUCCUUUAGUAAUGAUCCAGAAGAUCCCUCGGCAGCAGCCCUUAAGGAACCGUGGCACGAAAAGGAAAAGCUCAUCCGGGAGUCCUCGCCCUACGGCCAUCUAUCGAAUUGGCGGCUACUUUCUGCCAUUGUCAAGUGUGGCGAUGAUUUACGCCAGGAACUUAUGGCUACCCAACUGCUACAGAUGUUUAAAAUUAUCUGGCAAGAAGAACAAGUAGAUCUUUGGGUACGUCCGUACAAGAUUGUCUGCCUUUCGAAUGAUAGUGGUCUCAUUGAGCCCAUCCUCAACACUGUCUCCCUCCACCAAAUCAAGAAGAACUCUAACAAAUCAUUGAAAGAUUAUUUUAUCGAUGAGUACGGCACACCAACCGGAGAGAGUUUUCGGCGCGCACAGAAGAAUUUUGUUCAAAGCUGUGCAGCGUACUGUCUAAUUUCAUAUUUGCUUCAAGUCAAGGACAGGCAUAAUGGCAACAUACUAUUCCAUUCGGAUGGGCACAUUAUACACAUUGACUUUGGAUUUAUUUUGAGUAUAUCUCCAAAGAACUUGGGUUUCGAACAGUCGCCCUUUAAGCUUACGCCAGAAUUUGUUGAAGUCAUGGGUGGCACCAGCUCGGAGCAUUGGCGUGAAUUUAAUAGGCUCUUGUUGGUUGGGAUGAUGACUGCCCGAAAGCAUAUGGAUCGCAUUAUAAACUUUGUGGAAAUCAUGCGCAGCAAUGCCCAUUUGCCAUGCUUCAAAAAUGGAUGCUCCGGAACCGUACAGAAUCUCCGAAAACGCUUUCAUAUGAAUUUAACCGAGCAAGAAAUGGAACGAAAAGUUGAGCAGCUUGUACAGGACUCGUUGAAAAGUCUGUCAACCAAACUGUACGAUGGUUAUCAGUACUAUACGAAUGGCAUAUUGUGAGAACGGUUUUUUAUGAAGAUCUAAGGGGGUAGUCAUAAUAAGCAGAUUGAAAAUGCCAAGCUGGUAACCAAAACAAUGGACUGACUUUUUUGUAAAGGAAUUAUUCUAUAUUAUUAUAAUAUGUAAUUAUCAGCGACAAAAAAACAAAAAGAAUGAAAUUGUACCAAACCUAAUCUGUUAUCGUAGCUUAAAUCGUUCGUUGUAUGCGUUUGCACUGUUGAAUUAGCAUAAUGUGUAUGUUGUCUAGCUUUUAAGGAAGAAGUGUAAAUGUUUUGAAUGUAAUUUUAGCUUGUUUGAGUGAGAUCGCGAGUGUCAGAGUGUUAUUCCAUUUUGAAAUUCAUAAUUUUCUACUUGUACAUAUAUACACAUUUUCAAUAACCAAGCUUACAUUUUGAUAACUCGUUUGGUUGCUACGCUUAUCUCUUCAUCCUUACAUAAUUUUUUACUCCGCCGCUUUUGUAAUUCACGAGUAUAUAUGUUAAAGCAUCUAAUUCCAAUUUUUAGUCAUAAGUGUAAGGUUAAAUGCCACUUUGCUGCAGCUUAAAAACAGCAAUAUAAUCUUUAAGGCAAUCAAUUUAAUUAUCAAACAAAUUUACAUAAUUUUAACAAGAAUAUGCCACGAGUACAUACAGAAAUAAAUGAAAAGUUUGAAUCGCCGUCAACUCUGUUUGUAUUUGCCUAUUAAACCAAUUAUAAAAAGUAAAAUAAAUCCUAAUAAUUUUCUAACUUAAUAUACUUCUAAGCUAUUGCGAUAAAGAUGGGAAAUCAAAGCAUACGAAACAGUACUAAAACAAAUAGCUAGGCACUGAAAGUGAACAAUUUCGAGUUUGUAAAAAAGUGAGCAGCACUUUGGAAAUAUUACAUACCUGCGUGUAUAUUUAAGUUCGCACGCAAACAUUAGCUACAAGUAUUUGAAAAUGUAAAUUAAUAUUUCUACAAUUUAUUAAAUAAUGCCACUAAAAUAAAUGAGCAUAUUGAUAUACAA